CUGUUGUGUGUGUCGGUCAUUGGGGAGCUGCAGCGCAGUAGUUACAUCGGUUGAAUUAAAAAAUGUCUUUUUCAAGAGCUCCUGUGAAACGGUUCAACGAGAACGUAGGUUGUGCUCCUCCACCGGGGACUUACGAGGUCAAACCGAGGGACUUGAAGGGGGCAGCUUCCUUCGACAAAUCUGACCGAUUCAGACUCCAUAAGGCUGCCGAUAUGCCACCACCCUCGCCCACCAGAAGUGCCCUAAUGUCCCCCGUCCGCAGGACGAUGUCGGUUGAUGGUCUCGUUGAAGGUUCAAGUGUAAAGAAGGAGAAGAAUGCCAUGACUAUGGAAAGGAAGCAGAAGACACUCUUGGAGAGAGAGAUACGGUCGCUGGUCCAGCAGCGAGGGGACCAGGACCGCCGCUUGUUGGCCCUGGAAGAGGAUCUGAAGAAGGCGGAGGCCAAGUUGCUGGCGGUGGUCAGGGAGAAGACGGGCCUUUCUGCGAGCGUCACCACCCUCGACAGACAGCUCGCCGAGGUCCAGAAAGUCAACGAGUUCCUAAAAAACAAGGUUUCUGCUGACACUACGAAAAAGAGAAUACAGUCUCUCACAAUGGACUUGAUGGAGGCCAGGAACACUUUGGAUUUUAAAAACAAGGAGUUAAAUGUCCUGCAGAUUAACACUGAAAACCAAGCAAUAGUGUUAGAUUCUGAGCUGCAGGCUGCCAGGGCUACCGUGACGGCUCUGAAGGACAGGAGUAAAGACCUGGAGGACCUUCAUCACGUGACCACGACUCUGAACAAAGAGCUGGAGAAUGAGAAUGCCAGAUUGCAUGCUGUUAUACGGGAGCUGAGGGAGGAGAUACAAGUUCUGCAGCAAUACCUGGACACAGCCAAUGAUCAGAUCCAAGAUCUCCGUUUGAGUCUCCGAGAGAAGACCCAGGAGAACACCGCUGCUGGUUCUCAGGAGAACGUGAAGCGACUAGAGACCGACCUGGACCGGCGCACCGCCGAGCUCGAAGCCGUCCGAGAUGUGUUGAGGCAAAAGGAGGAGGAGGCGCGGGGAUUCCAGCAAGCACUGCAGGUGUCAAAGGAGGAUAUAGUGGAGGUGGAGACGAGGCUGAAGAACCAAGAGCAGGAGCUCAAAUCCUCCCAGAGGUCAGCGAGUGACAUGGCGGCGCAGAUGGAGGUGGCCAAUCAGAAGGUGCAGGACUCUCAAGCGACGGUUCGACAGCAGGAGGCGGAGCUCACUCGACUGAGGGAGGUGCUGGACGAGAGAGUGGCGCACCUGGAGCAGAGGUGUCUGUUCUCUGAGGCGGAGAGAAGUAAGACUCGGGAGGAGGGAAUGAGGAGGGUGGAGGAAUUGAAAGCGGAGCUCCUCGUGCUAAAGAAAGCUAAAAAAGAGGAGAAGAAGACCCAGAUUCAGCUCCAGCAGGAGCACGCUGCUCUGACUGAGGAGCUGACCAACGAAAAGGCACUUGUGAACUCCUUGUCCGUGCUGCUGGAGCAGGAGAGGGAGGAGGCGGAGGAGCGUCUGAGGCAGCUCAAGGAGGAGUUGGAGGAGGUGCUGGGGGAGCUCGCCCUCUUGGAGGACCUGGACCAGAGGCGGCAGGAGGACUCCGGCGAGCUGCAGCGACAGCUGAGUGACACCAGGGCGCUGCUGGAGAGUAAGAGCCGCGACGUGGCCGCCUUGAAGGAGGAGCACUCGUCGGCCAGAGAGCCCCUGCAGGGGGCGGAGGGGAGGCAGAAGGAGCUGGAGGCGGAGAUGGACCGAGUGAUGCAGCAGAUGAAGGAGGAGAUGGAGAGAAUGGUUCGGCAGAAAGAGGAGGAGGCCGACAGGGUGACGGAGGGCUUAAAGGAGCAGCAGCAGAGGCAAUUGGCUGAGGCAGAAGCCCGGGAGGAGAGUUCAAGAAAGUUGCAGGCGGUGCAGAGUCGCCUUGCGCAACAAGAGGAGGAGACGAAGGCCGCGGGGGAGAGCCACGCCGCCCUGGUCGGUCGGCUCCGCCGGGAGCUGGAGACGCAGACCGGAGAGAGACGAGAGGCGCUGAGGCGACUGGAGGAGCACGGGCGUCUGCUCCAGGAGGAGAAGGACGGAGCCCGGGAGCUCCGAGAGGAGGCGCACCGGCAGAAAGAGGAAAAGAGCGCGUUGGAGGUCGAGGUGGAAGACCUGCGGCGGGUCAGGUCCGAGGCGCUCGGGCUGCAGGCGGAGCUCAGGAGAGGAGACGAGGAAAGGGAGAGCCUCCUGUCUCGGGUGGAGCUCGCCGACCGGUCCAGGCUCGCUCUGGAGGAGCAGCUGAACGCGGCGGAGCGGGACAGACGGCACGGCGAGCCGGAGGAACUGCGACAGCAGGUGGAGGUCCUGACCCAGGAGAAGGUGGCGCUGCGGUGGGAGGCGGAGGAGCAGCGGCGGGAACUUCAAAGGCAAACGGACGAAGCGCAGGAGAAAAGCUCCCAGGAGACGGAGCGCUGGAGGAAACAAUACGAGGAGCUGUUUGCCAAAGUCCGGCCCUUCCAGGAGCAGCUGGACGGGUUCUCGGCCGAGCGCAACGCCCUGCUCAACGAGAACGGAGCGAACCAGGAGCAGCUGAACAAGCUGUCGGACGCCUACGCCCGCCUGCUGGGCCACCAGAACCAGGAGCAGAAGAUCAAACACGUGAUGAAGCUAAAGGACGAGAACCUCUGCCUGAAACAGGAGCUGCUGAAGCUGCUGUCCCAGGUGAGCCGGCAGAGGAGCGGCGAUCCGGAGCAGCUGCAGUCGAAGCUCUCCGGUCGACGUCAUCGGAGCUUCGAUCCCAGCAAAGUGUUCCACCACGACAAGGAGAACCGAACCGGAACCCUCCGAGAAGGAAAACACGAGUCAUGAAGGAGCUUCAAGGAGCCAAAUGAAACGUCUCUGGUUUGGGUUGUUAAAGCUUAAUUAACCUCAUUUGUCUUUAUUCUGUUAACUGUCUUUCGGGCUUGUUGCUGUUUUACAGCCUUUUUUUGUGUCAAAUUGUUCCACGGAAAGCGACGACGGAUGUACCCGUUUUGACUUUUUAAAAAGAACUGUUAGAAGCCGAUUGUAUUUGUUUUAAAAUAAUGAGGAUGGCUGUAAAGUCUUCACAGAACCCUGAGAGAUUCUUUUUCGCUUAUUCUACAUCUUUCUUUUUCUUUUGUAAAUAAAGAUAGAUUUUAAUCCACUUCUUAAACAAAAAGCCUGACUCAGAUUUAUUUACUUCCCAAAGCCUUGUUUUCUUUGGGUUGGAUCCUCUCCGGUCAUGUCUGUGCUCGGCCACUAGAGGGCACUGUCGGACUGCAGCGAAAAGGCUCUUACGGCUCAUGUUUCCUCCUCACUUGUUUGUCAUGUCCAAAUGUUGCACCUUCCACCAAAAGAAAUUCCUCGUUUGUGUAAACAUUCCUGGCAAUAAAACUGUUUGAUUCUGAUUCUAUAUACAGGACUGUCUCAGAAAAUUAGAAUAUUGUGAUGAAGUUCUUUAUUUUCUGUAAUGCAAUUAAAAAAACAAAAAUGUCA